CUCUGUGCCACGGCCGGGGCCGGUGCGACUGCGGGGUCUGCAUCUGUCACGUGAAUGAACCAGGAGUGUACUUCGGGCCUCUGUGUGAAUGCCACGAGUGGGUGUGCGACACCUACGACGGGAGGACCUGUGCAGGCCAUGGUAAGUGUGACUGUGGAAAGUGCAAAUGUGACAAAGGAUGGUCUGGGGAAGCUUGCCAGUACCCAACUCAUUGUGACCUGACAAAGAAAAAAAGUAACCAGAUGUGCAAGAAUUCUCAAGAUAUCAUCUGCUCUAAUGCAGGUACAUGUCAGUGUGGCAGGUGUAAGUGUGAUAAUUCAGAUGGAAAUGGACUUGUUUAUGGUAAAUUUUGUGAGUGUGAUGACAGAGAAUGCAUAGAUGAUGAAACAGAAGAAAUAUGUGGAGGCCAUGGAAAGUGUUACUGUGGAAACUGUUAUUGCGAGGCUGGUUGGCAUGGAGAUAAAUGCGAAUUCCAGUGCGAUAUCACCCCCUGGGAGAGCAAGCGAAGAUGCACAUCUCCAGAUGGCAAAAUCUGCAGUAACAGAGGGACUUGUGUGUGUGGUGAAUGUUCUUGCCAUGAUGUUGACCCAACUGGAGACUGGGGAGAUAUUCAUGGAGACACCUGUGAGUGUGAUGAAAGGGACUGUAGAGCUGUCUAUGACAGAUAUUCUGAUGACUUCUGUUCAGGACAUGGACAAUGUAAUUGUGGAAGAUGUGACUGCAAAGUAGGCUGGUAUGGGAAAAAGUGUGAACAUCCACGUUCCUGCCAGCUGUCGCCUGAGGAGAGCAUCAAGAAGUGCCAAGGAAGCUCUGAUCUACUUUGCUCUGGAAGGGGUAAAUGCGAAUGCGGCAAAUGUACUUGUUACCCACCAGGAGAUCACAGGGUUUAUGGGAAGACAUGCGAGUGUGAUGACCGCCGCUGUGAAGACCUCAACAGUGUAGUCUGUGGAGGCCAUGGCACAUGUUCCUGUGGUCGCUGCAUUUGUGAGAGGGGAUGGUUUGGAAAUCUCUGCCAACAUCCCAGGAAGUGUAACAUGACAGAAGAACUGAGCAAGAGUCUGUGUGAAUCAGCAGAUGGCAUAUUGUGCUCAGGAAAGGGUUCUUGUCACUGUGGAAAGUGCAUUUGUUCUGCCGAAGAAUGGUAUAUUUCAGGAGAGUUCUGCGACUGUGAUGACAGGGACUGUGACAAACAUGAUGGUCUCAUUUGUACAGGGAAUGGAAUAUGUAGCUGUGGAAACUGUGAAUGCUGGGAUGGAUGGAAUGGAAACGCAUGUGAAAUCUGGCUUGGCACAGACUAUCCUUAACAAUUAGAUGGGAGAGGACUGGAUUCUUAUUUUUGUAACCAAUUACAACAUGUAAAUGCAGAGGAAAGCAUGUUUAUUCACCAUGAGGACAGGGCAAACAGACUAUUGUAUGUUUUUGUAUUUCUGAAAGCCUGAAUGAAAUCUAGAUACUUAUUAAAAAUGAGUUAAGCAAACUCUUACAUAGAUAACACCAGAAAGAAAUUUUUCUUUCACAAUUUAUAUCAGUGGUUCUCAACAAGGACAACUCUGCCACCCAGAAAACAUUUAGCAAUGUCUACAGACAAUUUUGAUUUUCACAGUUGGUGGGGUGGGAGGGUGUGCUAUAGGUACCUAGUGGGUAGAGGCCGGGGAUGCUGCUAAACACACUACAUGCAUAAGACAGCACCCCAUCCCCCGAUGACAGGUAAUUAUCUGUCAAUGGUGCUGGAGUUGAGAAAUACUGAAUUGCAUGGUUGUUAGGAAUGCACAUCCCUACACAACAAAGGCCAUUUCAGAAUGUAAGAAGAGACAUCUUCACAUAAAUCCAUUGAUCAUAUUUUUCCAGGAUUCCAUAUCACUCAGUAUUUCCAUAUGGGGACAAGGAUGACAAACACGUUAAGUAUAAUGUUGGAUGAGGGUGGGAGGCAGAGGCAAGAUCACCAGUGCUUUUGAAAAAAUACUGGUUAUUUUUAGUCAUUAAAUCAUUUGUAUAGUCUCACUUUAAACUCACAAAAGAAGAUUCUUUAAAGAUGAAGAAUUUAUGAAAAUGUACAAUUUAACAUUUUAAAUAAAUAGUGAUAUAAAUUGCUUAUAGUCUGUGUCAAUAUGUAUUUUACCAGCUGAUGACUAACCAAAAAAAUUGUUAUUCAAGAGCAUCCACCUUCUAUUGCUACAACAUUUUUAAUACUGGGCAUGGAUUACAUGUACAAGGUAUCUGAUUUUUCACUAAUUAAGUUACUCCAUGGUAACUUGCUUUUUAAAGACAAUAUCUACUUAGUUCUAGGAUGGGCCAAAAAUAUGUGUUCAUUUCUUUUAAAGACUCCCUUACUUCUAAAUACACAUUGCUUACUGAAAAGGUGGGAUCAUGCAUAGAAGAGAAGGGAUGCCAUGAUAAAAUGGCACCAGUCUCAAAAGCUCAGAGAAUAAAAAGAAAAAUCUAGAAAUGGCUUAAAUAGAAAUUGCAAAUAAUCAAU